GGCAGACCAAUAAAAUGUGUCUGGAUAAUGAUAACAAGGUAUUGGAGGUGAUUAAGCGCUGAUUUUCAGAUACAAGCCUGCCGUUUCUUGUAAAAGUGUGUCCAGUAAUUAAUGGCAUCAUGACGAUAUCCUGCUCCUUUAAAUGGAUGAUCUAAAUUUAGUACAGAUUCACGUUCGAUUGACAAGCGACACGCGUUGACACCUGUUAGGAGUUCAAAUUAAUGACCAUUGUUCAACUCGUUACGGUUUACACAUCUCCAGCCAAAGAGAUCAGGAAUUUUUCUACCUAUGACUGGAUCAAUUUAAUUCCCCAAUGAUCAUCAAAUCAGUAUCAGUGAUACUCGUGAUCAUCAUCAUAAGUGCCUCGAAGGACGCGUUCUCAUGUUCUUUUACUACUCAAAGUCAACGUUUAUUAUUCUAACCUUAAUUACUGCAUAAUCAAUGAAGUUUGGAUGAACGAGUUAAAACUUUUGGAAGCAGAUUUAUUCUUCGCUCUAUAUGGAAACAUUUGGAAAGUUUGCGAGCAAAUCUGAAGAAUUGACAGUAAACUAGUGAAUAUACAUCAGGGUCAACUGUGGUAUCUGUUAUUGUUGCUGCUAAUUUUGAUGAGUAUCAAUUGUUUUAUGACCCGAACAAUGUAUCGGACUAUUUAUGAACAAUACAAAUCUUGCAAAUGAACAGUAAGUGGCCUUUGGACAUCAUUCUGGUCAAACGGCUUGCAUCAACAGCAGUGUGUUUUGAUAUAUUUCUUUUGAGAAAAUAAAAAUUAAAUCCUGUAAUUUCUGGAUCUCCGAUCAAUAAACCAAACAAACGCUGUUUGUAGAAUGGAUUUAAUGACUUAAUCAUAAUGAUGUACAGAGACAUCUAAUUCUGGUUGUAUCCUACUGACGGCAAUUAGUAGAAAAAUAAAAGAUAAGAAAACAAGAGUCGGAAUCGUUCUAUGCAGCCUUUAACUUCUUUUAAAAAAUAACGCGGGAAGAAGACGACGCCACACAGCUUUGCAUCUGAUUUCUAGAGCGGGGAAAAUCAUUCGUCCGCACUCUCUCCGUCUUCUAAAAUUUGAUUGUCUAAUCGGCUUUGAGAGUGCGAAUUACGAAGUCUCAACGAACUCGACGAUGGCGAUGAGCAUAUUAUUAAUCUCAUCAUCGGCUGGCUGACAUAGACGUGGGGGAUGAACAACCGAACGACCUGCCUCGUGCCGGUAUAACAUCGAGGGUUUUUAGACGCUGACUCAUCUUUGUCAUCAGUUGGUUUUCUACUUAUUCGUCGAACAGUUGGAUAUCCAAACUUUGUCACCGCCUUAUGACAAGCAUUGGUCUUUUUUAUUAUUUUCUGCCUCAUCAGUUCUGGCUUUCAUCUGCGAUCCUGGAAUCUCGGAAGAAGAAUUAUUCCUCAAACAGGUAUUGCGGUGGGUGGUUCUCAAUGGAGAGUAAACUGUAUCCGUCUUCGUGUUCUCUCUACCUUAUGAUUGUCGUCAUCGUCUUCUCGAUCGGACCACAUUGCGUCAUCGCCGACUUCCAAUGCAUCCGAGAGCAGUGUUUUAGCGGCGCACCUACCUUCGAAAAUGCCUUACGACUCAAGAUGGACACGGUCGAAUCAGCGCUGCGUCAAUGCUUCCCGUCCUUCAGCUUCACUCACGGCGUCAGCGACGCUCAAAUCGUCGACGCCAUUGGCCAUCUCAGGAAAUGCAACCGACAUGCGGCUACCAAUUUGUCCAGAAUGGUACAGUCGUACCACACAGACUUAGUCUCCGGAUGGCAGAGUUGCUGCAACACCCAAUCGUUAGGCAAACGACGGCGACGACGGAGUCAGAUUGUGGAUGGCGACGGGGAGAUGAUUUUGCAGGACAGUCGAGCAAGGAGGAGAGCAAGCCUUAUGCAACGACUUGCAGAUCUUGUGGCUAGUCGAUCGCGACGGUUGCUUGAGGACUGAACAAAAAGCAGAGAUGGACUAGAACGUUUAAACCAUGUCGUAUUGUGAUUGUGAAUAUUUUUGAAUGCAGAAGCUAUAAAAUACCGAGUAUGUGUUAAACUAUGAUUGUUUUCAAAAUCAGUGUCAGGUUUUUUGUCGAGAUAGUUAUCCGUCGUUGGAUUAAACACAAACCUUGAUGCUAUAUAGGGGAUAUUUACCCGUUAGUACAUGCUUCUUGUCGUAGUCAAUCAGCCAGGCGGCUUCUUUAAAUCAUUACAAAAAGAAUCACCGUAUUCCAUCGUAGAAGAUGCUUGUGUCAGAUAGGGGUUGUCCACUUUGCUUCUGGAUAGGCCUAUACUAAUAAACUCUAGCUUUCAAAGGUAAAAUGAGCAAAGUCUUCCGGUCAACGGAGGAUAUUAAUAUCAACGGCACGGCACUUGAUAAAAAGGAGAUCUUAGUCCAUUUUUCCCCCAGUGAUUCGUAGCGAGACGUGAUAUCAAACACGACGAAUGCAAGGGCAGAGAAAUGCCGUUGUCAGAUGUCACAGCUAAAGAUGAUAUAAGCAUAAAUCACUUAAGCAAAAUCACAUUGUAUGGAAAGUGAAGAGAAGUUAGAGUUUGGCAUAUACCCAGCCCCCUUUCAUUACAUUCUGAUAUGCAGUCUUUUGAAAGAAAAGUUUAUAGAACGAUAUUUCAAGAUUGAGUUCAAUAGUUAAACGACUUAUGAACUAAAAUGUAACAUAACCAUUUCAUAUUGAUUACGCAAAGAAAAGGUCCGGUUCAAAUUCGUUAGCAUCAUGAGAAGGGUGAUCAAGAGCUGUCAAGAAAGAAAUUGAUAUACAAAUUAAAUGCGCAAAGGUGCGAUGGCUCAGUGGUAGAGUUUAUUUGAAUUGUAAUUUGUAUCUUUUAUAAAACUGUGGCAAUUAGAAGGUGAGAAAAAAUACCAACAUACAAUCUAAAAUGUAUAUUUAUAUAGUUACACAGAUAAACUUAAGUUCGGGUAAAUAUAAAAAUAUAUUCUCACAUAAUCCAACCAAACUUAUACUGAAUGUUCAAGAUUACAAAUAAAUGAAAUGUGCCAAACAAUUUUGGCAGAAAAUGUAUAGUGGUUGAGUAAUGAGCAUAGAAAUAUAUCCGGGUAAGUAGGUCCCGCUCCACGUGAUUAACGCCGGUCACUAUGUGAAAAUGAGAGUUGUGGGGGUUUUGGUUAUCGAAGAUGAUGCCCGGAAAGUUUUUUGUGCGUUUGUUUCUAUUUCACUGGUUCAAACAACCAAUUUACUGCAGGAUAAGGAAUCCAGAAUAAAUCAGAGCAAUUUUCUCUCAAAAAAAAAACGAUUCCCAUACCAGCGCUCAAGAUUAGCUUUAAACUAUUGAAUUAUUAGAAAUGCAAAUUUGUCUGAAUAGUCAAAAUAUCUUUAGUGUCAAAACGUACAAUAAUUAAUAAAAUUUUGUUAAGAAAGGUUAAAAAAAGGGGGGUUGAUUGGGUUCAAUCGCCAUCGUUACUUUCACCACCUCCCUACAUGUUUACCCUUCAGCAUCAACUUGACCGAUAGGGGGACUGAGAUCAUGAUAGGAGACUGUGUGGGCAGUAUGUGUGUUUGUGCCUAGCUUUCAGAUAUUAUCACUGAAUCAGGAACCUUCACUGUCGAUUUGUACCCACUUAGUAAGAGCGAAUAGGUGUAGAAUUCAAUUAUUAUCUCGGUUUAAAUACUAGAUUACCCAAACCAAACACGCAAGCUUGGUUAAAUUAAGUUAAAUUUAGUCUCCAUUUGGCGCCAUGUAAUCUAUCCAUACGCGUUAAUUUACAAGAUCUUGGGUAUAGACACGAAUGAUCAAAUAUU